GAGGAGAGCUUACGGAGCGUUAGAAGAAGGGUAAAAGAAAAAAAUAGAAAAUGAGAUGCAACAAACGAUAAUCUUUAAGUAUCAUUACUCGUUUUCAGAUUCCAGUGUUCAGUGUUGUGAAAAAAUAUGAUAAUAUAAGAACAUGCAGGACUAGGUUUUUUUCAACUGUUCUUUGUCUUCAUUGUGCGGUUUUGCGUGACGAAAAGAGAGAUAAAAAGAAAAGAAAGAACGAAGAAACGUAAUUAUAAGCAUGUGUGUGACCAUGACUAAUAAGACAAACUUUCGAGUCUUUUUUUUUUAAAUGAGAGGAAGAGAAAUUUUUAUAUUAACCACUGACCUCAUCACUAAGUUUUUUUUCUUCAAUGCAGUGAUGUUACACUAUUAACAAAAUGAGUGACACACAGCUAAAGAAAAUAAAAGCUAGCAAAUGUGGAAAAGUCAAUAUGGGUGGAAAGAAUGUGAAAUGUGGGUGAACUCUUUUGGGGAGUUUUAUUAAAGGUGGGAAGACCGGUGAGAUUUGCCGUCCAUUCUGUAAGCAUGAACCGCUCCCUCUCAUCCUUGACCUGACCUAAUCUAACCAGCUGCAGCAGGCCAGCCACUCAAUAUGCCUAAACUCUACUGGCGCAGCAGAAACGAGGAAGGUGGUGGCGACGUAGCUGCCACCCGUCCAGGCACGCAGGAGGCCAGCGCGGGAGGUCCAAGGCUGUGGCCGGGCGGCGGCGAGGAGCACAGUGACGGUUCACCGAAGCUGCUGAAAAUCAACACCCACAGCUCGGGCCUCAAGACAGGCAGACCCUUCGACCGCGGCCUCGACACCUUCCGCUCCAAUAGCAUCGAGGUCGAUAAUGGCCUCGACCUAGGGAGUCCCUUGUCACACCGCAAUGGGCACGUUCACAACGGUUUGAGGAACGGCUCCUUGGCGGCCCUGCGCGUCCCUGCUCACGGUGGCUUCAGGAACAGCUCUGGCGUGUCCUUGGCCGUACACGGCAGGAGCGAGUUUGACACAGAGGCCGACGUAGAUAUUGCGACAAUGGCCGCUCAGCGGGAUCAGUUGAGGGGUGCCCGCAAUGUGCGGGGCAUGAUGGCUCCGGUCAUGAGCAAAGAGGACGAAGCACGAGGUCGCAGUGCUAACCGUAAAAUGAUGCUCACCAAACAGCGAAGUGAGUCUGUGUUGGACAGUCAGGAAGAAGUAGACGAAAGAGGCGGCAUGCAUCACCGCGGCCGCGAAGUGGACGAGAGGGUGCGAGGAGAUGCGAUGGGAGGUUUGGCGAGGAGAGGGACGCUUCCACACCCGCAGGGGAGGCUAAGUGGUUUUGGGGGACUUCACAUGAGACCAGUGAGGGACUACCUGGAGAGUACCGGCCGCGGGGAUAUAAUGGCCCAGUCUAUGAGGCGGCAAAGCUUAAGAGGCUCUAAACUUAAUCUCUUUGAUGGAAACGUCAACCAAUUCGAGUCCAAUGGAAGCUCGAGACUAAGCAUGGACGGCAUGACAUCCGAUGAACCUUUAGCUUUCAGACAAGACGACGACAGAUACUCGAACAGAGAGGAAGGUUUCGCGGAGGGAAGAAGGAAAAGUCUGCCAAAGUUCAUACCGAGCUCCCACGAGGACAUUCAAAUACUAAACCUUCAGGGCUUCAUGGAUGCAUCAGGCUUCAUGGAGGACGGAAGGAGUAGCAGCAGACGGAAACACAAGAAAAAGAGGCUGAAGCGAGGCAUGGAGGGCGGAGACGGGGACAGAGAUAAAGAAUCAAAUAAAGUCAACGGAAAACCGAGAAGAAAGAGGACGCACAGACUCUCCAAGAACAACAUGAGUGACGACGACGAGAUGGUGCUAAAGGACGUAGAUGAUCUUGACAAGCAGGUGGCGGGGCUAGUGCUGGGGCCCGAGGCAGCAGGGAAGGAGACAGCGGGCCGCCCCAUCACCUUGGAGGAGGCCACCGAGCUGAGAAACCUCCUGACGGGUAGUCCUGCUCAGCCGCUCUCCACUGAAUGGCUGACACAGAACUUCAAACAAAACACCAACCCCAAUUUAUCUUACGGGAUUGUGCAAAAAAAGGGUGGACCGUGUGGUGUGCUGGCCUGUGUGCAAGCCUACAUGAUGAAGUGCCUCAUCUUUGGCACCACCAUCGCUCCAACGACCAGCCCGGUCAGUCCCUUGCGGCCGUCACAGCGGGAGUGGCUCUGGGCGCUCGCUGUAGCCGUCACAGAGAUCUUAUGGAAGGCUGGCCAGGGGGAGAAGGCGAUUCUAGCUAUGCCUGGAUCCUUUGCCCACUUCACGGAACAUGGCGUGGGGAGGUACAGCCAGGACGGGAUGACCGAAAACCUGACGCUGCAUGAGUUUGUGGAGCAGAAGGACCUUUAUGAUGCGAUCACGCGCCACCUGACAGCCUUUACUUCGGAGGCCAGUUCGGGAUGCGUUAUCCUUCUCUACUCACUUGUUCUGACACGCGGAAUUACAAACAUAACGGAGGACAUGGACCCAGGGGGAGGACAUCUGAUCAACUCUCACGGGUACUCCUCACAAGAAAUAGUCAACCUGCUCCUGACGGGCCGAGCGUUCACCAACACCUUCAAUGGCGAUCACAAGCUUGGCAACAGUCCGAGCCGGUCCAUGGUGCUCCGAGGCAUCACGCAGAGAGCAGAAAUUGGAUUAUUGUCUCUUUUUGAGCAUUACGACUGUUAUAAGGUCGGGACUCACCUUAAGACGCCUCAGUAUCCUAUUUGGGUGGUCUGUUGCGAGAGCCACUACAGCUGCCUCUUCAGUAGAGACACCGUUGUCGCAUCAGACAACCCACCCAUCCCCACCUUUGACAUCUUCUACUAUGACGGGCUGGCCUUACAAGAGGACGAGAUACGACUGACGAUAGAACUGUCAGGCGAGGAAAGUGACCUUCCCAUCGUGCCUCCCCUCGAGCACUGCAUCAGGACCAAGUGGAAGAAUGCUGCUAUAAGCUGGAACGGCACCGACCCCAUCCUAUAACCUCCAUCCUCGCGAUCACCAUUGCAUCCCGCGUACUCACAUCUAUACAAGUACGUCUCCUUGCUCCUCUCUGAUUCACGUGCACUCAUCUAAGGAUCUAAAUCCCACCCCUGAACGUGAGGUGAUUUGAAAACUGUUGAGUAUCUGUGCCAUUGUCUAGUUGCGUACCUGCGCUAUUGUGCCAGUGCCUAUUGUUUAUCGUUUACGGUCACUGUUAAAGCAUUGGUGUUCUGGCCGAUAUUUUAGCAGUAAUUAAUGUACUAUCGUCGGAUUACGUACUGAUUUACAUAUUAUCCGUCUUAUGUUGCUGUAAUCGUCGUUACUUUGGCUUAAUGAAAAUUCGCUCAAUCCUUCCUGCUCUACCCUUCUAUUAUUAACAUCAUUAUAGCCCAAUAUGAAAUGAUUUUUUUUCAAUGUUUUGAUUUCCUGCUCUAAAGAUAAAAAAGUCCUCUUUUGUAAUAGGAGAAAAGUUUCCAGAUAUCUUGGAGCAAGAAUAUACAUGCUUAAUGAUUUGUAGUAGUAGUAGUACUAGAAGAAGUAGUAGUUGUAGUAGUAGUAAUAGUAGUAGUAGUUGUAGUAGUAGUUGUAGUAGUAUUUUAUAAUUUUAUGAGCUUUUUAUCCUAAUUUAUUAUUAACAGCACCUAAGUUGUUUUAGGCAUCAUUGCUUGUGGUCUGUGUCUUUCAUUAUAUUAGAAGGCCGUCCAGUAGUCACUCGUCGGAAUUUUGUAUAAGCCUUAAUUUUUAGAUGUUUCCGUAAAGUCUACGCAUCCGGAAGUGUGAGUUUUGUUGUGUGGCAAUUCAGAUCAUUAUUCAGAUCCAUGUCUGGAUUUUUUCCUUUUAACCUGAAGAGAAAUAUUUAUUUUCAAUUUGACACAAACUGGUCUAUCUAGUUCCGUCUCAAUCAUAUUAUAUAAGUAUAUGUUAAUUGUAAUAAUUGUAAAAAUAAUAAUA